UAACUACUAGACAGGAGUGGGGGCAAGCAGCAAGACGCUCUCCUUCCCUGCCAGCGCCACACCCUCCGCUUUCUCAUCACCGCCUCUUGUCUCCCUCCUCCUCUGGUCCCCUUGCCAAGCCCACCCCAUCAACAUUUCUUAACUCUAGCUAGCAAGCUACAGGCCUACAGGCCACAGCUCCUCUGCUCUGUUCCGCUCUAAUAUUCCAUCAGCUGCUCGCCUACAGCCAUACUCGCCAUUAGUGCGUAGUUGUUUGUGUACACGCAUAGCUCAUCCCUGUCCUGACAGUUGCGGAGCAAGGAGGCCAAGAAAAGGCUCGAGCCUUUUGGUUUCCAUGGUAGGCAACACACGCCAUGGAGCCGGAAUGGGUAUUCAGGCAGCUGAAUUAGUUGUUGUCAUCAUCAGCUGCUAGGGAGUUCUUGGCUUCGAAUAUUUCUCUUGGGAGGAGGGGAGGCGGCGUUGUGUUGUAUGGAGAGCCAGCGCGUGGUGGUGGUCGUGGAGGACGCGGCCGCCGCCCGCGCGGCGCUGCAGUGGGCCGUCGGCAACUUCAUCCGCGGCGGUGACUCCAUCACGCUGCUCCACGUCUGCCCGCCCGCGCGCUCGCGCCGGAAGCGCCGCCGCCUCCGCCUCGGCGGCUUCCAGCUCGCGCUCGCCUUCAAGGACCUCUGCAACGGCAUCGCCGAGGCCAAGAUGGAGAUCGUGGUGACGGAGGGGGAGCUCGGCGAGACGGUGGUGGCCACGGUCAACCAGCUCGGCGCCACCACGCUCGUCGUCGGCCUCCACGACAAGAGCUUCCUCUACAGGGCGCCGAGCCCGUACACCAGAGUGAGGAGCCUGGGGUGCAGGGUCCUCGCCGUCCGGCAGCACGCCACGGCGCGGGACGGCUUCUUGAACGCCGACCUCACCCAGAUCGAGACCAUAAGCUUGCACGUACCGCCGCCGAAGAUCCCGUUCCCGAUGUUCACGCUCCCGCUCGGCGUGAUAUGGAGGAGAUCGAAGCGGAGAAGGUGAUGCUGCGAGGCGAGCGGAGCUCUUCUUCUGUCGGGGGAACAGCACGGCAGGCAGGCUGAGCCGAGCUGAGCCUGACGGGUAGAUACGCAAGCACACAUGCAUGGACACCGUGACACCGGCAGUCGGCAGAUUGACAUAACUCAGCGGCACAGAGUGUAGAAAGAAAUUGAAGGGUAUACUCCGGCUCCAACCUGUUACCUGUAGCAGUGAGUGAAUCGACAGAUGAUUUACGAAAGGUAGAGGGCUCGUUCUGUCUCUGGAAAAAACAGAGAAAAUCAGGGGAUUCGUUCGGAUGUAUGUGUUUCUGUCUAUAUGUAUACGGCUUUGUCGUCUUCGGCUGAAGACUUGGUCUCUUGGUGUUCUUGGUCA